AUGGAUCCGCGAAAACCUAUGUACCGAUUGCCAGACUUUACACGAAGACCGGUAUCAGAGAGACAGCCGACACCAUUUGCUCCAAUGCGGCCAAUAGUCAUACGGCCAAUAUUGCCCAAAGGAGCCGCAUAUUACUAUCGACCGCUGGGCGGAGUGAGACCACAAUCCUCUAGAUUGCCGACGCCAACACUUCGGAGGACACAAUCGCUGCCAACUGGGUUGUCCAGAAUGGGUAGUGACGAACCACUCAGUUCAAGAUUGCCUUCACCUCCUGGGUCGCCAACAGGUCCAGGAUCACUGAGACCUCUACCACUACUGGAGCCGAUACUCGAUUUUGACAGCGAAAGUACACCUGAAGACGAUAACGACAACAGAUCAUUGAUUGGUGCCCCGGAUUCUCCAAAGUACAGUUCGAGUAGUUCAAGUUGGCCUUCACCUCCCGGGUCACCACCUCCGUCACCACGAAGAACACCUCCCGGUUCACCACCACCGUCACCACGAAGAACACCUCCCGGUUCACCACCACCGUCGCCAAGCCGAACACCUCCUGGUUCACCACCACCGUGGCCAAGCCGAACACCUCCCGGGUCACCACCACCGUCGCCAAGCCGAACUCCUCCCGGUUCACCACCACCGUGGCCAAGCCGAACACCUCCUGGAUCACCACCACCAUGGCCAAGCCGAACACCUCCCGGGUCACCACCACCGUCGCCAAGCCGAACUCCUCCCGGUUCACCACCACCGUGGCCAAGCCGAACACCUCCUGGAUCACCACCACCAUGGCCAAGCCGAACACCUCCCGGGUCACCACCACCGUCGCCAAGCCGAACACCUCCCGGUUCACCACCGACGUCGCCACGACGAUCAACUUUCAGAUCACCACCGCGGCUUUCGCCGCGACAAUUGAGACAUCAGAGACCACCACUAGAACCGAUACUUAAUUUUGAUAGCGAAACCUCAAGUGAAGACGAAUCACAACCAGACAUACGAUUCCAUACUCCUCCGUCGUCUCCAUUGUUACCCUAUCAACGCGGUAACAGAUCCAGUAGUGUAAGAGAUAUCGACGAUUGGUCAUCGGACACAACAUUCCCGCCAACCCCUCCCAGGACGCCCACUACGACUCGAAAUCGAUCGCCAUUCAGAUUCAGAGAUCCCAACACAUCUAUUCAACGCAUUCAACCGAUACCAGAUACGUCGUCUUUCGAUCGGAUCAAUCAGUUUGAAUCAUCCAAUCGGGGGUCAUAUCCCUUGCCAGAGGCAUUGCCGCGAGACCGCGGUCACUAUGCUGGUCGUGAGCGCGAAUCGAUUGAAUCGCGUCGAUCGCCGUUUUCUGAAUCCAGUGCCGCUGCCAGUGAUCAGUCAGGAUCUGGUGGUUUCAGAAACACUUUUCGGCGCAUGAGUUCGGCUAUCAGAAGUCCGUUUAGGCGAAGAAGAGGUACAUAUGAUCUGACCAGCGAUACUCAACAACAACAACAACAAAGAUUGAGUUUUCUGAAUGAAGAAGAAGAAGAAGAACAGUAA